CUCCCGGGUGCACUUUGAUCACUGCCAGUCAUCCAUGCAGUAAACCUGUGGCACAAAUAUCAUAGUCCAUGCCCCCUUUGUCAAGAAACACUGGCUGUAGAAGGUCUUGUACCUUUCACAACGCAUACCGCCAAGGGAGAACUCCGACCAGCCACUUUACCAGGGAGCAGAAGCAGUGGAAUCAGGAUUUCAAGGAGACUGUGUACCAAAACCACCGGUCCUUGUUUGGCAGCGGCACCAAAAAGGGUACAACGCGCGGCAAGGCCACCAGCUCUUGACAACGAGAAUCUCCGCCGGCGCUGGAGAGAUGGUUGAUCCACGGCGAGGUUUCUUCUCCUCGGGUCGCCAGUUGGCCGGGGAAACCCACCCCUGGAAUCUGGAAUUGCUCUAGACAAGGCGGGUGAAGGUAGAAGAAACGUCUUUUGUGCGGGCCUUCUUGAAGAUAAAUCCUGGAAAUAGUGAAGGGAAGAGUUCAAAGUUGUACGGGACG